AUGAAGACAAAAUAUAAGAGUAAUGCGGAGAAAUCAGAGAAACGUUUGAUACAACGAUUGAGUGCUCCUUCACUUCGUCAUCCAACGGAAUUUGAUUAUAAACGUUAUACAAAACAUCUAUGGAAAAUGUUGAAACGAUCUGUCACGACACAUAAGUUAGAUUUCAAUUCUAUUCUUUGUUUUUUAUCAUCAUAUAAUUGUGCACAACGGAUAGUACUUGUUCAUAAUCUUGAAUUUGAAUAUGGUUAUAAACUUCUUGAUAUGGUCCUUGAACAACCUGAAUCUCUCAUACGUUCAUGUACAUUAGCCAUAAAGUUAGUACAAAUCUUAUUAGCAUUAGACAAUGACGAUACACAAAAAUUCAAAGAGACAUAUAAAAGUCUAUUUGAAAACUGUAUUGAAACAGAUAUCGAACUUAUUGAGGAUGAAAAAACUAUUAUGUCAAAAUUACUUAUGCAAUUACUUGAAGGACAACGUAACGAAGAACCUGGUUAUUCAGUAUCAACAGCAAAACUGAUCGCUAAAAAAUUAGCUGAAACUGCUGAAAAAGGUACACCUAAUAUCGAUUAUGAUACAUUUGUAAAAAUUUUUACACGUGAUGCUUUUCCACAACUAUCAGCUAUAUUUGAUAUGUAUGAAGAUAAAUACAGGCGUCCAAUAGAAGUAGCAAUUGAAAACCAAUGUCAAAGUAAAAUUGAAGCCGAAUGUUUUCAAGACAUAGUUGAAUAUACGCGAUCACCAUUUGGUUACCAAGCUAAAAUACUACGACAAGCGUUAGAUAAGAAACCAAUUGAUUAUAUAGCUUUAGUGAGAACUAUUAUUGGUCAUGAAGGCAAAGGUUUAUGUGAAAUCAAAUUAGAAUAUUCAAAACUGUACGAUGAAUCGCCUGAUCAAACAAUAGAGAAUCGUAUUGAUAUGGCACAUAUAAAAAAAUUAUUUUUUAUGAUAAUUGCAAUUGGAGAAGACUUAUCGCCUAAUGAUGGCGAAGAAGUUUGCUCUGAUGAUAGAGAUAGAAGUAGUUCAAUUAGCGUAGCAUCAAGUUCAAUAAUAUCAAGGGUCACCAAAAUGAAAAGCAAAUGUUCACUUGAUGCUUUUGAGAAAUUUGUUCAAAUAUUUAAAAUAAGACAUACAUUUUAA